ACAACUGUUGCACAAAUCGGCAUUUUUGAGCAACAGCACCAUUUGUUUUCAACCUGUGAACUGAUAGAUAUAAAAUCUUCAUUAUCGAAGGUAGUCAUUUGGAAAAAUGAUGCGCAUUGUGGUGACUGGUGCAAAUAAGGGGAUCGGCUAUGAGAUCGUGCGUUGCGUGCGUGGUCACUUUGCUACGACUGAGCACGGCGCCGAAAUCUGGAUGGCAUGUCGUAACUUGGAGCUCGGGCAGAAGGCUCUUCGGGAGAUACUAAGCCAGGAAAUGGGAGGCGCACAGAACAAGGGUACUAUCGGUUUUCGCUUCCCGAAAAUCAAAAUGAAUAUUCAAGAUGCUGAUGCGCCCUUGUACUAGCUAAAAACUUUCGUAUGCCAGAGUUAUACUAGAUUCUGAGCGCGGGUUCUUCACCGAAAUGUUCAUCAUGUUCAUGAUCGUUCCGUUCUCUGUACAGUUUCCCUGAAAUUAGUGGAGCUGGAUCUGACGAAGCCUGAUACGAUCCAGAGCGCAGCGACUACGGUUGGUGCACCAGUCGAUGUUCUAAUCAACAACGCUGGGAUGGCUUACAAGGGGGACGCUUUUGGGCGCGAAGUAGCCGCGCACACGAUCGGCACCAACUUCGAGGGCACCUUACUCGUUAUCGAAGCCUUUUUGCCACUCAUGUUGAGUCCUUCUAGCAGUGGAGGAAGCGACUCGUCCUCCAAAAACCGUAGUCCUCCCAGCAAUCCUAGAGGUACAACAACUAGAAUCAUCAACGUUGCGAGUCGUGCGGGAUUGCUGAGUCCGCGAAGGUACAGCCAAGACCUAUUGCGAAGGUGGACCAGUGUGAAGAAAAUGGACGAUAUCUUUCAGCUCACGCAAGAAUUUACCAAAGCAGCCGGAGACGGGAGCUACGAAGCAAGAGGAUGGCCACGACAGACAUACGCGGUGUCUAAUUAAGGCAACUCGCGUGGAUCUCGAACUCGAUUCUAAAGUUGUUUGACCAUGCAUGAUUUACCGUUCCGAGUCCCGAUAUUUUCUCUACCUCCAAUCCAGGGCAGUAGAGAUUGUUCCUUUUCUACUUCAUCUUCUAGUCAGAGGUCGAAGGUGACAGACAUUCUCGAGAUGAGCACAACUACAAAUUGCAGUUCUUCUUCAUGCACGUCCUAGACACGAUGUAGUUGGGUUCCCAAUCAUGUUCAUGGUUUAGACUAACUUUCUCGUGAAUCGAACAUCUAAUCCAAGGCAGCGGAGAUAGCUAUGACGCAGUUGCUUGCAAAUCAAUAUCGACAGCAGGGUAUGUUUUUUUACACGUGCUGUCCAGGAUGGUGUCGGACAGACAUGGCGGGGAGCAGGGCGCCACGAAGUGCGCAGGAGGGCGCGGACACACCAGCAUGGCUAGCUUGUGUGCCCGACGCAGCCCUACCACCUACCGGGAGCUUUGUCACAGAGCGACGGGUGCAGUCGUGGCUUGUGCAGGAAUGA